CAAGGACACAUCGGAGGCGUCUAUCGUCCUUCGCCAUAUAGCCAUACUCCUAUCAUUAACACCUCUUAAUCCACCCUCAACUACUGGCAGGAUCUGGUUGCCAUCAUGUCUGGUGCUGCUGUGGUUUCUAGGAUCGGGAACCUGUCUUUCCCACCCGGCAAUCGCUGGGUGUUAUGAAAGCCAAGCUGAAAGGAGCAGAGACGGGCCACAGUCUACUCAAGAGGAAGAGUGAAGCUCUUACGAAACGUUUCCGAGAAAUUACCGCCCGCAUCGAUGAAGCCAAGCGCAAAAUGGGUCGGGUAAUGCAGAUCGCCUCGUUCUCGCUGGCCGAAGUCACGUACGCGGUGGGUGGAGAUAUAAGAUAUCAAAUUCAGAAUUCAGCCAGAUCCGCUCGGUUCCGUAUACGCACCAAACAAGAAAACGUAUCGGGCGUCCUUCUACCGACCUUCGAAAGCUACAUGACCGAGGGUAACGACGAUUUUGGCUUAACGGGGCUGGGCAAAGGUGGCCAGCAAGUACAGAGGUGCCGAGAGACAUACGCCAGAGCUGUUGAAGCUCUGGUUGAGCUUGCGAGCCUUCAGACCGCCUUCGUCAUACUCGAUGAAGUAAUCAAGGUAGUCAACAGGCGAGUUAAUGCGAUCGAGCACGUUAUCAUUCCUCGAACCGAGAACACAAUCAAAUACAUCAAUUCAGAGCUCGAUGAACUAGACAGGGAGGAGUUCUACCGAUUAAAAAAGGUGGCGGGGAAGAAACAGAGAGACACUGCAGCAUCGGAUGCCGAGAUGAAAGCUAGGAGGGCUGCCGCCGAACGUGACGACGAUGACCAUCCAUCCAGAGGUCCUGCGGACAUUUUGGUUGCUGGGGAAGACGAGGAUGUCAUUUUCUAAGAUGCACGGCACCGUGCCAGACAGAAACCCUAUGGGGCCACCGCGACAAAAUGAAUGUGUCCGAGCGGAUGAUCUUUUGUAGAUUAGUCGCAGAGAGUAUCGCAGAGUACGGCAUCAUGGUAGACUUGACCUUCCUUUCGGCAAUAAAGCGCGUCGUGACAGGGCGCUUUCCUUAGU